AUGAAAUACUAUAAAGGGCAGGACAUUGCCAUGGUCAAGGAGACCCCACAAGGAGCCGAGCGGAAUUAUUCGGAGAUUGCCGAAAAAUGGCUCUGCUGGAUGGAGAAACAGGAGCAGGUGCCUAUUCAACGGCAACUGGCACAUGGAGGCGAGAAGAAGAUUGGAUGUGAAGGCCGCACAUACUUCGUCGAUGGCUAUGCCGUGAUGCCCGACGGGAAACGAGUGGCCUACGAAUUCAAUGGCUGCUAUUGGCACGGUAUGCAUACCUUCAAGUUUAUCAAUUCUUUUGCUGAGAAGAUGCGGCAGAGAAGGGACCGGACAGAACAGCGCCAGUACCACCUCGAGCACUCGAAAAUGCUCGACCACGUCGUCGUCAAAUGGGAGUGCGAGUUCGUCAACGAUAUGAGGGCGAACAAGGAGCUGCGUGAUUUCUGCGCCAAGCUCGACAACCCCGGAAGACUGCACCCACGCCGCACCGAGGCGUUCAAGGCCUUCUCGACUCCUGGUAAGACGGUCCAUUACCAGGACGUCAACAGCAUGUACCCUCAUGUGCAGCGAGAAGGCCGGUACCCUGUUGGCGAUGCCCGAAUUGAAAUGUUCCAAGGGAAAGCAGAUCAGAUGCCCGCUCAUAUCAUUAGGCAAAAUGCCAACCGCCCGGUGACCGUCUACAAUGAGGGGCUACAGGACGUCGAGAACCGAAACGUGCAAGAAGUCCGUAUCUGGGGCUUCCUGUAUGUCGAUGUGGUCGUGCCACGAGACAUCCCGAUUGCCCUGCUCCCGUUGAGCGUGAAAGGAGGGCUGCAGUUCCCGGUAUGCGGUCGAUGUGCCCAGGAGAAGAAGCCUGCCCGGACGUGUUCCCAUUCGGACGCUGAGCGGUACCUCCGUGACGUCUACUGGUCAGAAGAACUGCAGCUGGCCCUUGAUUGGGGGUGCAAAGUGGUGCGAGUGCACGAGACGAUGAGCUGGAGCCAGAGCACGGACGACUUCUUCAAAGACUACGUCACCGAUAACAUCAAGCGCAAAGUCGAAGCUAGUGGAUGGCCGGCCGCGGAUAUGUCAGAGGACGAGAAGCAGCAAUUCCUCGACAACUUCAAGGAGGAAGAUGGGGGUGCCUGCCUUGAUCGUGAAAUCCUCGACCGAGGGAUGAACCCGGCAGGGCGGUGGCUGGCCAAGCUGGCCAAUAAUAAUCUUUGGGGCAAAUUUGGCCAGAAGACGAACCAGUCCACCACCACCAUCUGCUAUACGGCCGAGCAAGUCGAGAGGAUUUGGUGCGACCCGUCCCGCAUCAUCACCGGCGAGCAUUUGAUGGCCGAUGAGAACGUCUGGAUCGUCAGUCACAAGGGGCAUCGUGAGGACAUUGUUGCCCGGUCUCGUGGCUCAGUAGCCGUGGCAGCCAUCACGACAAGCAGGGCCCGCAUCCGACUCAACAGUCUGCUGCUUCAGAUCUACCCGAAUCAGGUCUAUUGUGACACUGAUUCGAUAGUGUUCGAGGGUGGCCCUGUGGAGGAAGACGAGCUCGUCCGCCGCUUCUAUGUCCGCGAAGUGGGACCUCAGCUAGGCCAGCUGUCUUCAGAGAUCCCCAGCGGCUGGACUUGCCAGAGCUUUGUGUGCCCAGGGUCGAAGCAGUACGCGGCGCUGCUAAAGAAGGAUGGGGCCGACGAGUUCAAGCAGAUCAUCAAAAUCCGGGGUAUCACCCAGGAUCUCAACAACAAGGGCAAGCUGGACAAGGAUAUUCUACUGAACAUGGUGAACCGCUUCAUCAAGAUGAAUCUGGAGAACGCGGCCCCAGAUGAUGAUGAUGUGCCCUGCGAAUUUGGUCGUUGCUGGGGCGUCAAAGGUUAUUCCAUGCCUGUCGCAUGCACCGAUCUCGAGUCGUUUCUGGCCAUUGCCGCCGAGGCCGUCAUGAACAAUGCCGAUGACUUUGGGCCCAUGUUCGUCUUCAUCUUGACGAUCCUGAUCCUACUGUUCAAGCUU